GAAUUCAAGCCCUGGUGACCUUUCUCCCCCUGAAUUGUCAGGAGCGAUGAUGGGCUGCAUGAAGACGGAGCGCUUCUCUUCCAGGGUGAUUUUGAUCAUGGCCAUUUCCAAAGCAUUUGAAUUGCAAUUAGUUGCUGGGUUGGACCGCCGUGAACACACACGUCCGUCACAGGGAGACCUGGCCUUCCGGCGUGAUGGCCUUCGGUCCCAGGAGGAGCCAGCUCUCCGUCAUCGGCCUUUCCACUUUGUGCCACCCCUGAGAAUCCAGGACAGUAAGGAGCUCAACAAAACCUGCUGCCUGAACGGGGGGACCUGCAUGCUGGGGUCCUUUUGUGCCUGCCCCCCCUCCUUCUACGGACGGAACUGUGAGCACGACAGGCGCAAAGAGAGCUGUGGGUCUGUGCCCCAUGACACCUGGCUGCCCCGGAAGUGUUCCAUGUGCAAAUGCUGGCACGGCCAGCUGCGCUGCUUCCCUCAGACAUUCCUGCCGGGCUGUGAUGGCCAAGUGAUGGAUGAGCACCUCGAGGCUUCCAGCACUCCAGAAUUGACACCAUCUGCAUGCUCCACCCUUCUGCUGGCUGGCACCUGCCUUGCUAUAGGGAGUUAAUAGCCAUCAACAUUUGCGUGCGACAUUUGUCAUGCAGAUUUUGUGACCUGUGAAGCUGUGGCUCCAAGGUCCCGAGAGAUGAUCACUUGUUAGUUGCCUUGAAGUAGUGAUAGAUUUCCACAGUGGUCCCUGACACUCCUCACAGUGCGAGCACACCUCCGAGAUGCUGCUGGUUUGAUUCCAGACC